UUGGCCUGUUCAUCAUCUAUCUUGCACACCACCGCCUGGUAUCUAUUCUAUUCUUCCGUUCAUCUGUCUGUAAGACUCUGACCGACACCAUGGCUGAGGAUGAGUUGUCUGCCUUGGUGGUGGAUAAUGGGUCGGGGAUGUGCAAGGCAGGUUUUGGUGGUGAUGAUGCCCCCCGAGCCGUGUUCCCCUCCAUGGUAGGGCAUCCUCGGCACCAGGGGGUCAUGGUAGGCAUGGGUCAGAAGGACUGCUAUGUGGGUGACGAGGCUCAAAGUAAGAGAGGCAUCCUGACGCUGAAGUACCCCAUUGAACAUGGCGUGGUCACCAACUGGGACGAUAUGGAGAAGAUCUGGCACCACACUUUCUACAACGAGCUGAGAGUGGCACCAGAUGAACAUCCCAUCCUCCUCACGGAAGCACCACUCAACCCCAAGAUCAACCGGGAAAAGAUGACUCAGAUCAUGUUCGAAGCCUUCAACACACCUGCCAUGUAUGUGGCUAUCCAAGCUGUGCUGUCUCUCUAUGCCUCCGGGAGGACUACAGGCAUUGUGAUGGAUUCUGGGGAUGGGGUCACACACACCGUGCCCAUCUAUGAAGGCUAUGCCCUACCGCAUGCCAUUCUACGGCUGGAUCUGGCUGGCAGAGACCUGACUGACUACCUUAUGAAGAUCCUGACGGAACGAGGCUACAACUUCACCACAACCGCUGAGCGGGAGAUUGUGCGAGAUGUCAAGGAGAAGUUAUGCUACGUAGCCCUGGAUUUUGAACAAGAGAUGGUCAAUGCAGCUGCUUCCUCUGCACUAGAAAGAAGCUAUGAGCUCCCUGAUGGGCAGGUGAUCACCAUUGGGAAUGAACGCUUUCGCUGCCCAGAAGCGAUUUUCCAGCCUUCCUUUUUGGGGUUUGAGUCCAGUGGGAUCCAUGAAGCAACCUUCAAUUCGAUCAUGAAAUGUGAUGUAGAUAUUCGCAAGGAUCUAUAUGCCAACACUGUGCUGUCUGGAGGUAGCACUAUGUAUCCAGGCAUUGCUGACCGGAUGCAGAAGGAAAUUGCAAUCCUGGCACCUAGCACCAUGAAAAUCAAGAUAAUAGUUCCCCCAGAACGGAAGUAUUCUGUUUGGAUUGGGGGCUCUAUUCUGGCCAGCCUGUCUACAUUCCAACAGAUGUGGAUAAGUAAACAGGAGUAUGAUGAGGCUGGUCCUCCCAUUGUUCACAGAAAAUGUUUCUGAAUGGGUGUCCCUGCUAAUGGAUUUUCACAUUUUUCCUUUUUCUAGGUCAGAGGUAUGGAACUGCUUUCAUCCACUUCCUAUCGAGUCAAGAAACAAAAAUCAACUCCAAAUGGAUCAAAGACCUAGAUGUCAGACCAGAAACAAUCAAAUGCUUAGAGGAAAACAUUGGUAAAACACUUUCCCACCUACACCUCAAGGACAUCUUUGAUGAAUCAAACCCAACUGCAAGAAAGACUAAAGCAGAAACAAACCAAUGGGACUACAUCAAAUUGAAAAGCUUCUGCACAGCCAAAUAAACUAUUAAACAAACAAAGAGACCCCUCACAGAAUGGGAGAAGAUCUUCACAUGCCAUACAUCAGACAAGAAACUAAUCACCAAAAUAUAUAAAGAGCUCAGCAAACUUAGCACCAAAAAAAGCAAAUGACCCUGAUAGCUUUCCUAUUCUUUAUCCCUUUGGGAGUAUGGACCCAAGGUCAUUGUGGGAUGCAGAAGGUUGAAGGUUUAGCUUCUGUAAUUGCUUCCCCGCUGAACAUGGACGUUAACAGUUCGAUCCAUACUCCCAGCCAAGACAGGACUUUAAAAGGUUUUUCUUGGGGCCAACAAAGUAGCCUUUUUAGAUAGUGUGCCUGCUUUGUUAUGCACACUAUCGCAGUCAGAGCCCAGACCUGACCACACUGCAGGAAGCUUUGGAGCCAUGGCAUUUUCCCCCUCUGUCUCUGUAUGUCUCUUUCUAUCUGAAAAAGUUGGGCCAGUAUGGAGUAGCCCUAGAGAUGACAAAAUAAAAACAAAAGCUUUUGCUUGUCUAUAACUUUACUAUUCUCGUAAAGGGAGUAAUUUUUAUAGUGCAAAAAUUAUACAUAGAGAGGUUUGAAGCUGCACUCCAAAAAUUCUAUAGUAUUGGGUAACUAACGAUAAAUCAGGAAAAUCUCACUUUUAAAGUUUUCACACUUCUAAUUGGGUAAAAUAUGAGUCAACCUCAACUCUUGGAGAAUGUUCUAUUUUAUAAAUGCUGAAAGUUUAAUCCUGCCCCACCCCAGGUCCUCCAAAAAGGGAAGAGAAUGACAAAAUUGGAGGCACAGAAAGAUAGAAACAGAGAGAAGAAAAAUGAAGGGAGAGAGAGAAAGGAAAAAAUAGACGAGAGAGAGAGAGAGAGAGAGAAAAUAGUACAUUCAACUCCUUAACCUACUCACACUCUUUUGGUUAUUUUCCUCUUACUAAAAAGUUCCAAAUAGUUCUAGAGUUGAGUUUCAGGCAUCCAACUGCCUAAUAAUGCAGACAUUAUAGUAAAUUGAAAGUGUGCUUUUCUGGUAACCACUUACAGUCUCCUUCCAGAAUUUACAAAAGAUUCUUUUCAAAAAAUUGUUUGAAGUUAAGAACUAAGCAUGUGGUUUUCCCAGUACUGUUUCCAGAUGGUGAUAAGUAUAGUCAGAAUGUCUUUGGGGAUAUAUAUGCACAUAUUUCUAGAAAGACUGCUCAUUAAAAAUAAUUGAUACUUUAAGACUUCCUUUUAAAAUAUGAAAGGACCUGUCUAAACUAUAUUUGUUAUUUUUCCAAACUAGAGCACAAGCAGUAAAGACCAUAGAGUCUCCAUGUA